CAAAACUCCCCAAAUAUCAUAAUCACAAUAACUCAACAAAUCGCUACAAUACAAAUUGUCCGCCAUCUCAUCUGCAAUGAAUUUUCCCAAAAGUCUCUUGCACACAGAUUUUUUCAAAGUCAACUAACGUGUUUGAUACAGCCCUCAACUUUUUUUUUUUUCUUGGUUUGUCUUUGAGUUGAUAUGAAUCUCAGUAAAAUUAAGCGCAGCCCCAAUUAAAAUCACUAAAACAACAUCAAAGCUUCCGAAACCUAUUUUCUUCCUUGUUUCACCUCACAUGGUUUGAUGAAGAGAAUGAAUUAUAAUCCAAUGAAGCUUGCCCAGAAUGUAGUUUUCGUUUUCAUACCUCUCCUUCUCAUAAAUCGAGCUGAUUCGAGCUGCCCAAGUUCUUUCGAGUGUGGCGAUUUGGGAACCCUAGAAUUCCCCCUUUCAAAUAGAAGGGACUGCGGCUUGUUCAUGGUCGAAAACUGUACGGCACAAUUUCCAGUUAUUCAUUUUGGGGCAGAUGAUGGGCAUCCGUAUACUAUCCUACGAAAAUUGUCGGCUAAUAGGUUUUUGAUUAACGAUGAAGUGAUUUCGGUGCAUCUCAGAACAUCCGUUUGUUUUGGUUUGAGAAAUUUGUCCCUGCCUCUGUCUCCAUUGGCUUCAUUCACAGUUACGCCGAAUAUGACUGUGUUUUUGUGCUCAAGUCAGCUUUCUUACGAACGAAAUUUCGAGCAUUACAACUAUACAAAUUGCUCGCCUUUUCAAGUGUACUAUAGGUACCCAUCUACUGGUUAUCCUGUUCCCGAUAAUGUCCCUUCAGAUUGUUCGGUUAUUCAAGUUCCUGUUGGGUCUGGCAGGAAUCCAUAUAAUCUUACUGAUUUGAUAAGUUCUGAAUAUAUUGUGGAGUGGAAUGUUUCUGAAGAUUGUUACGAGUGUCACCAUGAAGGCGGCAAAUGCCUUACCAAUCACAUGAAUCAUUUCCACUGUGAUAGAGAUAAUAGACGACGAAAGGUGGUGAUAGGAGUUGGUAACUUCCGGAGGAGGGGUGUUGCUUAUUAUGAGCUUCGCGGUUGCUUCCUAUACAUUAUGGCAACGGAAGAAGAGAAUGAACAAGAACUACCUCCUAUCGAGAAACUUAUCUUUCGACCCAUCCUCCAAAUCAGACGUGGAAGGCGGAGGAAGCUUCUACUUCGGCAUCCCGAUUUUCUCCUACACAGAACUUGAGGAGGCCACCAAUAACUUCGAUCCGUGCAAAGAACUCGGUGAUGGUGGCUUCGGGACCGUAUACCAUGGGAAGCUACGUGACGGGAGGGAAGUAGCUAUAAAGCGGCUCUACGAGCACAACUACCGCCGAGUCGAACAAUUCAUGAACGAAAUAAAAAUCCUCACUACGCUCCGCCACCAGAACCUCGUCUCUCUAUACGGCUGCACUUCCCGCCGAAGCCGUGAGCUCCUCCUCGUCUACGAGUACAUCCCAAACGGCACAGUGGCCGACCAUCUCCACGGCAACAAGAAGCCGCGGGCCCACCUCCCUUGGCCCGUCCGCUUGCGCAUCGCCCUCGAGACGGCCACGGCUCUCGCCUACCUCCACAAAUCCGACAUCAUCCACCGAGACGUCAAAACCAACAACAUCCUCCUCGACGCCAAUUUCCGAGUCAAAGUUGCCGAUUUCGGCCUCUCGCGACUCUUCCCCAACGACGUCACGCACGUCUCGACGGCCCCACAGGGGACGCCCGGAUACGUCGACCCGGACUACCACCAAUGCUACCAUCUAACCGAUAAAAGUGACGUGUACAGCUUCGGGGUCGUCUUGAUCGAGCUUAUAUCGUCCAUGCCAGCUGUCGACAUCACGAGGCACAGGCACGAGAUCAAUCUCGCCAGCCUGGCGUUGAAUAGGAUAGGGAGGUGCGAGUUUGGGGAGCUCGUGGACCCCGCGCUUGGGUUCGGGACGGAUGCUGAGGUGGCGAGGAUGACGACGGCGGUGGCUGAGCUGGCGUUCAGGUGUCUGCAGCCGGAUAAGGACUUGCGGCCGGCGAUGGACGAGGUGGUUGAGUUUUUGAGGGAUGUGAAGGGUAGUUUGGGGAAUGUGCCGAUGGAGAAGGAGACUGACGAAGACGUGUUGCUUGAGGAGAAGAAUUUGGAGGGGUCGCCGAAGACGGUUACGGAUAUGUGGGCGAGUAGCGGCUCGACUACAUCGAGUUCGGUUUCUUGAUUAUUAUUAUUUUUAUUAUUAUAUGUUUAAAAUGUUUAUUUAGUUUUAUUUAGAGCUUUGCUUGCUUGCUUUUUGGAAUAUUGGGGUGGGAGAUCAUCUUUAGCUGCUUUGGCUGUUUAUUGUUUGUGUAAUUUUCGUCAUUCACCACAGUCGAAGGGGCUUGUUUUUUGGGUAGAUCCUCCUUUCGGGUUUCGUAUGUAUAGUCUUCUCUGUGCUGGUAUGAAGUAUGUAAAUUGCAGUUGAUUAUAGAAUAGAUGAAAGGCGAAAANUCUUAUAU